CAUAAGAUGAAUUUAAAGAUUCUUAUAUCUAGAAAGUUGGAAAUAAAUAUAUAUUUUUAAAGCACUUGGUCCCUCUCUUUGUACUAAUUAUUCUAAAAUUUAAUCAUCUUUCAUAUGCCAAAGAAGAAGAAGAAAGGUUUGGAAACCAUUAAGCUGAGGGUAUGCUGUGCUGUGUACACAUGAAUGUGGUUAUCAUUAAAAUGUGGAGGCAGUACUAAAGGACUUGGUCCCUCUCUUUGUACCUUUUUCUCCUCAUGUAGUAAACUUUAAUCAUCUUUCACAUGCUAAAGAAGAAGAAGAAAGGUACGGAAACGAUUAAGUUGAGGAGGCUCCUCCUGUGUACACAUGAAUGUGGUUGUCAUUAAUUUCGUGGUCCGUUGGGUGGUUAUCAUUAAUUGUGGAGCCAUCACUGUGCCUUGAAAGCUGAUGAUGGAGAGAAGACGAUGUUGUAUAUAUGAUCGGUAUAUAUAAAUAUCAUUCCAUUUUGUAUAUAUGAUGGAGAGAAGACGAUGUUAUAUUCAUACAAUCAAUCAAACCAAAAAUCAUCAAAUCAAAUGGCCAUCAUACCACUACUUGCCAUUUUGCUCCUAAUUACCCUCCUCUCCUUCGUACUCCCAUGGCGGCGUACUUCCAUAAUUAGUUGUAUCAGGAACACAAACUUCUCCUUAAUCGAAUGGCCGGUGUUGGGUGUGCUUCCGGGCCUCCUUUGGAACGUGUGGACCGAUAAUCUCCAUGACGCAGCCGACAGAACCCUCAAGGAAACCGGCGGCACGUUCGCGUUCAAAGGCCCGUGGUUCGCCAACAUGGACUUCAUCGCCUCCAGCGAUCCCAUCAACGCCCACCACAUCUUCAGCAAGAGCUACGCCAAGUACAGGAAAGGCGAAGACUUCAAGGCCAUAUUCGAGUUCCUCGGAGAAGGCAUCUUCAACGUUGAUGGCGAGGCCUGGAAGUUCCAGCGGCAGUUGCUCCAUUCCAUCCUCAACAACGAGGAGUUGCAGAACCACAUGACGACAACCCUAAAACUGAAGAUGGAGGGCACCUUGUUCCCAGUUCUCGAUGCGAGAGUCGGAGCCGAGGUGGACAUGCAAGAGGUGGCAAAGAUGUUCAUGUUCGAUAACAUCUGCUUGUGGGUUUUGGGGUUUGAUCCAGGUUACCUUUCUGUGGACGGACGUUCAGAGACAUUCCCGUACGAUAAAGCAUUCGAAGAAAUCUUUGAGGCAAUCAUAUACCGACAUAUAGUGCCCAGAGGUGUAUGGGAGUUCCAAAAAAGGUUCGGGAUUGGUUCGGAGAAGAAGAUUAGUCAUAGUACGAAGGUGUUGGAUGAAUUCAUAUACAAUGCUAUCAAAAUCAAGAAACAAGAGCUCCAAAAAGAGGAGCAGAGACAACAACACGACAUGCUAACACAAUGGAUGAUAGCUGGUCAGAAUGGAGAAAGUUCGGACAAGUCUUUACGAGAUAUGGUGUUUACAUUAAUAGCAGCCGGAAAAGACACCCUAUCUUCCACUCUCAGUUGGCUGCUCUGGUUGGUUGCGACCCACCCUGACGUCGAGAGAAAGAUUCUCGAGGAGAUCGAACGAGUAACCGCCAUGGCUGGGCGACAGGAAAGUGAUAAAGGGACAUCCAUGUUUUUGAUAAGUAAGGAUGAGUUAAAUGGGCUAGUGUACCUUCAUGCGACCAUCUGCGAGACGUUGCGGUUCUACCCACCCGUGCCAUUCGAACACAGAUGCGCCAAUGAAGCUGAUGUGCUCCCUACUGGUCAUAGAGUUCAAAAGGGCAUGAGGAUGUUGUUCUCCAUAUACUCCAUGGGGAGGAUGGAAGAGAUAUGGGGUAAAGAUUGCAUGGAGUUCAAACCUCAGAGAUGGAUUUCAGAAGAAGGGAACAUAAUCCAUGUUCCGUCGCAGAAGUUUAUGGCUUUUUUGACAGGACCAAAGACUUGUUUGGGGAAGACGAUGUCUUUCAUGCAACUCAAGUUCAUUGUUAGUGCUAUUUUGUGGAAAUACAAGCUUGAUAUGGUAGAGGGUCACAUCGUGAAGCCAACACCUUCUAUUGUAUUGUCGAUGAAAGAUGGCUUGAAGAUGAGAGUUUCCAAAAGAGAUGUUUAGUUUCUUCCUACAAUAUUGUGGUCUUUGAUAAAUAAAGAUUAAAGGUGUAAUUAUAGGGUGUGAUCUAGAUGGUUAUUUUUUUGCGUCAUUUCAAAUAAAUAAAAUUUACGUCUCCAUCUCUCACUCUCCUCUGACUUAGUGAUUUAAUCUUUUCCAGACGAUUCUUAAUAGAGUAUUUUGAGAGUGACAUUCUUGUUAAUUUGGAUGAUUAGUGUAUUCUAAAUACUUGUUAGAAUAUAAAAGACGUGUCAUAUAUCGUUGUAAAACUGUAAUAAAGGAAAUGUUUUUAUUUUAUUUUUUUUAGCUUGGAUCUAUCGAAGAUAAUUAAAUUCCUGACCACUAAUAGAUACUCAUAUCCCUGACCCGAUUUCAGUGGUCCCUUGUAGCAAUAAUGCAUGAGGGUGGCUAUUCUUGAGUCUUGACCAUCCAAAAUUUCGCCGGUUGCCCUAGUGGUGGGUCGGAUCGAUCGUGGCUAGCAGAAACUUAUGCAAUGCUAGCGUUAAUGGAUCUGUUGAGUUUAAUGAUAGUCAUUAUUAAUAACGCACACUUAAUCAA